AUGACAGCCGAUGGCACGAGCAGUAGCGGUAUGUGUGGUGGCGGAAGUGGCAGGGGUAAUUCCGCUGCAAAACCUCCUGGCGUUGCCAAUGCCGUGCCCCCACCGAAGAAGAACCCGCACUUAUUUCGUUUAGCGGCCUUUUAUAAUACGCGCAUCCCGCUUGGUAUCCGCGAGUUUGUGUUUUUAGUUCCACUUUUGCUCAUAACAUUCGGAAUUGCGUACAACAUCCCAGUGUUAGUGCCCAUCGAGAAAUUUACACAGGGUCUUACGCCCAACACGACACCCAUGACGAAUUACGUACUGGAACCGAUGUAUGAUGAGCACGGCAAGCUGAAAGGGUACCGUCGCAUUCUUCGACACCGUGGUGAAAAAGGAGAGAAUACAUGA